AUUUCUUCCUCGGUCACAGCAUAGAGCCACCCUACCCUUUACAUAAAAUACCAAGAAAUCCCAUUCAUUCUCCCAGCGAGUUCGAUUGGGUUUGUGACGAGACACAAAUCCAAGAUUUCUUUUUUCUUUUGGGUUCACUCCAAUCUUCGUUUCCCAUGUUUAGGACAAGAAUCAAAUCCGCCACUGCUUGAGACCCUAAAAAAUUUUGUUCAUUUGCUGUUGUUGGUGUUGGAGUUGGAGUUGGAGUUGCCUAGUGCGUUUUUGGGUCUCUCUCUCUCUCUGUGAGAUGGGGUCACUUCCUGUUCUUGUUCUGUCUUUGUAACAUUGGGAACGCCACCUCUCCUCCACCACCCGCAGAAGGAGAGCCCAACAAAGGAAAAUAAGAAGAGGGGGAAGCUUCCUUAAGGCCGAAGCUUUUCUGGUGGGGGGAGAAGAGAUUUGUGAUGGGUCUUGGCAGACCUCCUAAGUCCGGCAACGGAGUUUCCACCAGAUGGGUCUCUCUCUUCUGCAUUGCCAGCUUCUUCUUGGGUGUUCUUGUCGUGAACAGACUGUGGUCAAUUCCUGAACCAGUGGAUAAAGAUGGGGAACCUUCGCAGGAACAUCAAUCAACCGCACUUCAUCAAAUGGUCAAUUGUGACACAAAGGAGGCUUCAGUCCAGGCAGGGGACAUCUUUUCUCAAGUUUCACAAACACAUGAUGUAAUCAUGACAUUAGACAAGACCAUCUCCUCUUUAGAAAUGCAGCUAGCCGCAGCAAGAGCUGCCAAGGCGGACAGCCAGGAAGGAUUGCAAGUUAAUACCAAGUCAGGGCCUGAACAGUUAAAAGACCGUCGCAAGUUUUUCUUUGUCAUGGGAAUAAUUACGGCAUUCAGUAGCAGAAAGCGAAGGGACUCAAUCCGAGACACCUGGAUGCCCAAAGGAGAAGAAUUAAGAAAGUUGGAAAUUGAGAAGGGAAUUAUAAUGCGGUUUGUUAUUGGACACAGUGCCAGUCCAGGGGGUGUUCUUGAUCGUGCUAUAGACGCUGAAGAUGCGCUUCAUAAAGAUUUCUUGAGAUUGAACCAUGUGGAAGGGUAUCAUGAGUUGUCCUCAAAGACCCAAAUAUACUUUUCGACAGCUGUUGCUAAAUGGGAUGCUGACUUCUACGUGAAGGUGGACGAUGACAUACACAUAAAUCUUGGUAUGGUCGGUUCUACAUUGGCCCGCCAUAGGUCAAAAACUCGUGUUUAUGUCGGUUGUAUGAAGUCUGGACCCGUCCUAUCACAAAAAGGAGUGAAGUACCAUGAACCAGAACACUGGAAAUUUGGUGAGGAUGGCAACAAGUACUUCAGGCAUGCAACCGGACAGAUAUAUGCAAUCUCCAAAGAUUUGGCCACGUACAUAUCAGUUAACAGACACAUACUUCACUUAUAUGCGAAUGAAGAUGUCUCUCUGGGCUCUUGGUUCAUUGGCCUUGAUGUCGAGCACUUGGAUGAUCGAAGCCUCUGCUGUGGAACUCCUCUUGAUUGUGAGUGGAAGGCUCAAGCGGGGAACCCAUGCGCGGCUUCAUUUGACUGGAGCUGCAGCGGCAUCUGCAAAUCCGUGGAGAGAAUGCAAGAGGUGCAUCAACGGUGCGGCGAAGGCGACGGAGCUAUUUGGCACACUAGUUUCUAGUAGCCCCUCCCUUGAUCUUCUCUCCAUUUGCUUUUUUGUAAUAUAUUCGUGCUAUGGCCGAUGAAAAUUAGUGGAUUCCGAAACGACGCCAUCUGCCCCGAUUUUUGCAUGCCUCGGGCCGGUUUGGUAAUAUCAUUUAAUUAAAUUGUUGCACAUAGAAGAUCCUCAAGAGCUAGAGAGGAAAAAAGGGAUGGAAAAUCUGCUUCAUAGAGUUCCAAGCUUCCUGUUUGAUAGACACAAAUGGGUUUCCUUCUUUCUUUUGUUCCUGCUUCUGCAAUCAUAUGUGACAAGCCUUCAAGAAAGUGCAUUGGGGUCAUGUUGUACAGUGAUGUGGUGAUAUUAUCAAUUCAAAGAAUUCACAGCCCAAAGAAGAAAAAAAUUGAAAAAGGAUGGGGAUUUGAUGA